AUGGAGGAACCGAGCAAGAUCAUGAGAAGAUCAAUCCAUACUUUCCUCCAAAACUACCACCGAGCCACCACCGCAGCCACCGUCGUCCUCCCUUUCUCCGCCGCUCUCCUCCUCUCUCAGCCCUUCUUCUCCUCCUCCUCCUCAUCCUUGCUCCACUCGAGGCUUAACACGCUCUUUCGUGGAGCUGGUUUCUCAUCUUCUCUCGAUUUCUUCAACAUCUUAAGCCUUAAACUCUCACAAACCCUAUCUUCCUCUUUAUUCACUCUUCCUUUCUCCCUCACUUUCCUCCUCUUCUCCAAAGCCUACGUCAUCAAACUUCUAUCAAACAAUCCAUCAGAAGACUCCUCUGUUUAUUACUUUCGUCUCCUCAGAACUUACAUUUGCAACUUCUUCUUGCUCAUCUCUGCAAACGCCUCUGCUUUUGCUCUGUUUUUCUUAGCAUACAAUUUUCUUGAAUCUUUUGGAUUCUCUUCAAGAAACUUCUACACUCUCUUCUCCUUAUCCUCAGCGAUUGUCUACUCGAUUAUCCUCGCCAACGCCUUCGUCAUCUCCAAUCUAGCCUUGAUUUCAUCAGCUUCCUCUUCCUCAGGAGGAUACACAACGAUUCUCAACGCGUGUCUUCUUAUUCGAGGAAGAACUUCAACAGCAUUGGCUCUUGCUCUGCCUACGAAUCUCUGCUUAGCAGGCGUCGAAGCCUUGUUUCAGUACAGAGUAGUUAGGUCUUAUUACAAAGGAGACAGAGACAUCACCUCCAUUGCUCUUGAAGGAACCUUCAUAGCUUACUUAUACGCUCUCUUCUUGGUUCUUGACACCAUAGUCAACUUCCUCUUUUACCAAAGCUGCAUCAAGAGCGAAGAGGAUCAAAAGAUAUGUAGAGAAGAAGAGUACUCGAUCAAGAUCCAAAUCAGCGAAACAGAGAACACAAAGAUAUGUAUCAAAGGACCAAAGUGUUUCCAAGAAGUCUUGUGA